AUGGAAGGAUGCCCAGGAGGAAAAGGAGGGCGCGCACACCGCGUGACAGGCGCCUGUCGGUGUGGCGAGGACUCUAUUCCUGGUGUUGACCCGGACAUCGGUCCCCGAGUGGCGGCACUGCGCACAGGCGCGAUGCGACUCCUGCCCACUCUUCGACAGGCCUGCACGCGCCCUGCGGAUCACAAGGAACCCUCUGUGUCGGUGGCGCCGUCCCUGACUGCGGUGACCGGCCCGCCUCUGCCUCCGCCGGAACCUCUUCCCGACGUGAGCACCGCGACUCCUUGUCGACCAGCGAGCGGCGGAUUGACGUUCCCCUGCCCAACCUGCGGCAGGGUGCACUUUUCCGUCCACAGUAUGAGGGCACAUGCCGGAAGUGCUCAGCCUGGCGUUAUAAUAGUUUGCGAGGGCCUCCCAUGCGGAUGCCACAAUGGCGCCGCCGUCUUCCUAACAGGCGCCUCGCGCGCAGGUCGCCACCGAAGUUGCCAAGCAUGCCAGCAGGCAAGACACGCAGGAAGCACAAACGCGAGCACUCGAGAUGGACCAGGCUCUUCCGCCACCGCCUCAUCACGGACGCCACGGGCUGCUGAUCCCCGACGGACCACGGGAGACUCCGCCUCAUCCACUGCGGGAAUGCCCUCGUCGUUGGGAACUGGGACUGCGACUGUUUGUGACUGCCCCAGCCCGCACGACGGAAUACUUGCCACUUUUGUACGGACGGUUCUUGCGCUACUCACUCGUUAUUGUAGCAGCAUACAACCAAACAAGAUAACAAGCUGCUUUGUGGUGAAUAUUGGCUGCAAUUCCCGUGGACCAACAGUCCGCGUGGUGUGCGGGGAUCUUCUUUUUGUAUUGUUACUAUGCUGUUGUGUUGCUGUGUGCGCUGCACCUUCUUGUGUGUGUGCGCACCCUCCGUGA